CACCGGCUGUCACACGAGUCCUGUGGUCGCCAUGCUGCCGUCACCGGUACCACUCCAGCUGCCAGCAGCGAUGGCAGUGUCGCUGGCGUACCUCAGCGCCGGCAUGGUUAUCGGCUGGAGUUCGCCGAUGGUCCCGGAGCUGCGGAAGAACACGUCGCACAUCCCCAUCACGGCAGACCAGGGCUCGUGGCUGGCGUCUGUGGGCCUGCUCGCCUCGGUGCCGCCUUCUCUGCUGAACGGCGUGCUUGUGGAUGCUGUUGGCCGCCGAUGGAUGUUGCUGUUCUCUGCCGUACCCCUGCUGACCGUCGCUGUGUGGCAGCGGUUCGCCACCACCUUCUGGGAACUUCUCGCCUCCAUCGUGGUGGGCAGCGUCAGCGCGAGCAUCAUCCUACCUUUGGCUCCCGUUUACUUGGUUGAAAUAGCCGAGGACCGCAUCAGAGGGCUCUUGGUGUCACUGGGUCCAAUGAUGGCGGGAGUCGGUGCCCUGCUGAUCACCGCUAUUGGGCCAAAAGUGUCUUUCUUCACGGUGACGGAAAUCAUGAUGGUCUGGCCGGUCUUGUUUGUGGCCAUCUUCUGGUGGAUGCCGGAGAGUCCGUACUUCUUGUUGGCGAAGCAUCGCAAGGACGAAGCGACCAAGGCGCUGAUGAGGCUGCGCGGGAGGAUUUCGGAGAAGGAGGUGAACGGUGAGCUGGAGGUAAUCCAGAGGGGACUGGAGGAGCGCUCGCAAAAGGAGAUCAGCACCGCAGACGCCUUCCGGGAGCUGCGGAGGAACGCCCGGUCGCGAAGGCUGUUCAUGAUAUCAAUGGCCUUCGUGACGUUCUUGGUGCUGGGCGGCGUCGACGCCAUCAAUGCCAACACUCUGCAGAUCCUGGUGGAGAGCGACAGCUCGCUGGACCCGCAGCUUUCGGCCAACGUCGUUUCGGCGUGCGCGGUGCUGUCCUGUGCGGUCUUCUCCCUCGUGGUGGACCGACUGGGCAGGAGGCCGCUGCUGCUCUUCUCCUUAGGCGGUUGCUGCAUCGCCACUGCAUCCCUUGGCGUCUACUUCUUCCUCAUCGUCUACGCCAGCGAGGGCGCCACAGACGACAUCUUCUGGCUCCCUCUUGCCAGUGUCAUUGUCUUUUUUGUGUCCUUCGGCAUGGGCUCGAGCUCCCUGCUGUGGGUGCUACCCAACGAGCUGGUGCCGCCGUCGCUUCGAGUGCUGACCACCACCUCCGUCUUCGUCUUGGCGUCACUGUUGGGCUUCAGCGACACCAAGCUGUUCCAGGUGGUCGCCGACGCCUACGGCGCUUUUAUACCUUUCUGGUUUUUCACGAUGGUUUCUUUCCUAGGGUUUUUCUUCGUGUGGUUCUUCAUUCCUGAAACCAGGGGUCGCUCGUUGGCUGACAUCUCAUCAGAGAUGAGCGUUGAAGCUUCUACACACCGUCACAAGUCCAGCCAAACAAUUUGAUCACUCAGGCAGAUAUAGACGAUGUUUCAGCAUCCUGAAAGAUACAGCUAGCUGUAUAAUUCCGACACGGACGAUACCGUUUCAUCUACAUUGUUAAAUGGGGACUUGCAUCUCUGAAUCAAUGUUGGACUAAUGAUGUAUACUUCUCGUGGAGGAACCGGUGGAAGGAAGACAGACAUUCCUUGAAAUGGAGAACCUCUGUGUUUGUAGCCUCAGGAAUGUGGUAAGAACCUACGACACAAUAGCUCUAAAAGUAGUUCCUCUGACAACAGCAACAGCAGAAUCCUGUAUUCAGUAUCCCCUGUGUAAUGAAAUCAGACUCUUUACGAAGGAACAACCUACUUGUAUUUUUU